AUGGCUUCUAUGAAGGACGACGACUUGGUGGAGGAAGGUCUCCUGGCCUACAAGGACAACUCUUCGUCUUUCGAGAGCGAUGAAACCAGACGGCCUAUCAUCAAGCCUUCUUCUCGACGGUGUGACAUCCUUUACACGUUGUGCUGCAUAUUCGCCGGCAUAGCCUUCUCCCUUGUCGUCCUCAGCAUAACAGCCAGUGUCAGAAUAGCGGCCGUCAAGCCCGUCAAUCUCUACCAAAACUGGCAGCUAGACGCCCCGCUGAAGCUGGGCGAGGAGCCAAGGGAGAAUGGGCCUACCUGUGGCUCGUCGCCACGGGAAGCGCGCGAUCUGGGCUGCAAGUUCGACCUCGUGCUAUACUCGUGGGUUCCCGAGCCUUGCUACGAUCACGAGAUCCAGGUCGCCUACCGGGAGCGCGAGUCGGAGUGGUGGCGGGAGCGCGGCGGCAUCGGCGGCGAGAAGAUCUCGCAGGAUCGCGCGGCGCUGGGUAUCGAGGAGGCCAUGUGGCUCUCAUGGGAUUACCAUGAUUACCACUGCCAGUUUAUCUGGAAAAUGAUGACAAGGAUCCUGCGCAACACCAGCAUGGGUGUCCCAGGUCGGCUGUUGGAGUACCACCACACUGACCACUGCAUUGAGGUGCUGAAGGGUAUUGACCCUGGCCCGAAAGAAGACAUUAGCACUAAGGUCUCUUUGAACUACUCUACGUGUUACUCGCGGAUCUGA